AUGGCUCACAUGAACUUAGUCUUGGUGGGUAAGUUUUUUGGACCACGUCCCAAUAUUGAGGUUGUUAGAGACUGGGUGUCUAGAAAAUGGAAGGGUAAGGGUCAAAUUGUUGUUGUUGCUAUGGCUGGUGGUUUCUUCUCUUUUUCAUUUGCUUGUGAGGAAGAUCUUCGAUAUGUUUUGACGGGUGGCCCCUGGAUGCUGGGCAAAGCCUUGUUGGCCCUCAAAAAGUGGGAACCAGGAUUUAAUCCCAAAGAUCGGGAAUGUAAUAAAGCCCUAAUCUGGGUCAGAUUGCCAGGUUUACCCAUGGAGUUCUGGGGAGAAGAGAUUUUUGCGAGAAUUGCAGCUUGUUUUAGUGAGCUAAUUUUAGUUGACCCAAUGGGAGAGAUUGAUCAUUUCUCUAAGUUGGGAAGAUGGGUGGAGAAAGUGGAGUAUGAAUCCAUCCCUUUUUCAUGUUUCCAUUGCAAAAAAGUGGGUCAUUGGGCUAGGAAGUGUAUGUCUAAGCCAAAGAAGGAAUGGAGAAAGAGGAAUGACAAGCGACUCUUAGAGAAGAGGGAUGCCCUACCCUUUGAUCCUCCUCUUGAAGGAUUGUGCAAUGAUUCAAAUGGAUAUAUUGAUCCCUCUAUCCCUUCCCCAAUAGUGGAUGAUGGGGUCUUGCCUGGAGCUGCUUCAAAUGUACAUGUGGCCCGUGCUCCUAACCCUUAA